AUGGAGAUAAUACUAGCAUUGGAUUAUGUGCGCAUAUCAGCAUUUGCUAUUUUGCUGGUUUGGAUCAUUGCAAAGUUUGUCAAACUGAAAAAGAGACAAAAGAUAGGAAAUGGCACCAAUGUUUCAGCAGAAAGGAAGGGGAUAACCCUACUCCCAUCUCACAUACUUGCAGUCUGCAGUGCUUGCAUCACAUUAAUAAAUAUUGGCUUUGCUGCUCUUGGAGUUUGGAAGCACCAAAAUGUCUCCCUGGGCCUGAUCUUUGCAUCAGUGUCAUGGUUUUUGGUGACUCUCUUCUCACUCUACUGCAAACACAAAGGAGCAGGAGUUGUAUCGAACUGGCCUGCAGUUCUUGUUUCUUGGUGGGUUUUUAGCUUCCUGUUAGAAUCACUCCUCACUUCUUUGCAUUUGCUCCAUCUCUUCAACUCUGCAACCAUCAUCGAUUUCACUUCACUACCCUUCUGCACCAUCAUAUGUCUGUGUCUAGUUGCAAUAGCCAUGAGAACUUCUAAAACAAACCAAGAAGAACUGAACCAACCACUGCUCGUGAGAGAAGACAGUGGUGACAGCGGCAGAGACAGGUUCUCCAGCUCCGGGUGGUGGAGUCAGCUUACCUUCCAGUGGUUGAACCCGGUCUUUGAGAAGGGGCGCAAGGUGCGGCUUGAGCUCGAACACAUCCCAUCUGUUCCGCAGUCAGAGACAGCAGAGCAUUCGUAUGCAUUGCUUCAAGAAACACUGCACAAGCAAAAACCUGAGCCGAUGUCACUACAAAGAGCCAUCAUUUGUGCUGUUUGGACACCUUUGGUUAUCAAUGCAGUCUUCGCAGGGCUUAACACUUUCGCUUCUUAUAUGGGACCAUUCUUGAUCACCUACUUAGUGGAGCUGCUGUCCGACAAGAACCCCGAUAAAGGCAAUGGACAUGGAUAUAUACUUGCAUGCCUCUUCUUUGCAUCAAAGACAAUAGAGUCGCUAUCACAGAGGCAAUGGUACUUUGGCGCCCGUAGAAUUGGAUUUCGGGUGCGUGCAGCACUGAUGGUGUCUAUCUACAAGAAGUCUCUGCUGAUCAAGAAUUCAACCACAGGGACAGGAAAAAUUGUGAACUUCCUUGAUGUCGAUGUUGAGAAGAUUGGUGAAUUUUUCUUGUACAUCCAUGGCAUUUGGUUGCUGCCCUUGCAAGUCUCAUUGGCGCUUGUCAUCCUCUGCCAUAGUCUUGGCAUGGUGGCCACACUUUCUGCAAUCUUCGUGACGGUGUUGGUAAUGGUGAGCAACACACCACUGGCAAAGUCGCAGAAGAACCUCAAUGUGAAGAUCAUGGAGGCGAAGGACUCACGCAUCAAGGCCACAGCAGAAGCGCUGAAGAGCAUGAGGAUCUUGAAGCUGCAUGCAUGGGAGACAGCCUACUUGGACAAGCUCCUGAAGCUAAGGGAUGUGGAGAGGGGGUGGCUCAGAAGGUAUCUGUACACAUGCUCGGCAAUAGCCUUCCUCUUCUGGGCAUCGCCAACGUUGGUCUCAGUUGUCACCUUUGGCAUCUGCAUUCUUGUAGAUGUUCCAUUGUCAGUAGGAACAGUACUAUCCGCCCUUGCCACUUUCAGAAUCCUCCAAGACCCAAUCUACAACCUCCCGGAGCUAGUGUCAAUGGUCACGCAAACCAAGGUGUCCCUAGACAGAAUUGAAGAGUUCAUCAAAGACGACCACAAUGGGAAGCCAAGUAGCUAUGGCAAUAGAAGCGGCACAGAGGAGCACUCUAUGGCCAGCGUGGAGAUUGCAGCAGGAGAGUACAGUUGGGAAGCUGACAACAUCUUGAAGAAGGAAAAAUUCACACUGAAGAUCGAUAGCAAGGUGAACAUCAUGAAAGGUCACAAGGUUGCAGUGUGUGGGUCAGUUGGUUCAGGAAAAUCAAGCCUCCUUUGUGCCAUCAUGAGCGAGAUUCCAAGGUUCAGCGGUUCAGAAACAACGGUUGUUGGGUCGAGGGCAUAUGUCCCGCAGAGUGCAUGGAUUCAGACCGGGACAAUUCAGGACAAUGUGCUCUUUGGGAAGGCCAUGGACAAGACCUUGUAUGAUGAGGUGAUACAAGGGUGUGCUUUGGAUAAAGAUGUAGAACUAUGGGCUAACGGAGACAUGACUGUGGUAGGGGAAAGAGGUAUGAACCUAAGUGGAGGCCAGAAGCAGAGGAUUCAGCUUGCCAGGGCAUUGUACAGUGAUGCUGAUGUUUACCUCUUGGAUGAUCCCUUCAGUGCUGUGGAUGCACACACUGGAGCACAUCUCUUCAAGGAAUGCUUAAUGCGGCAGAUGUCCUCGAAGACAGUAAUAUAUGUUACUCAUCAGCUGGAGUUCUUGCGAGAUUCAGAUCUUGUUUUGGUCAUGAAAAAUGGAAGAAUUGUUCAAUCCGGAAAAUAUGAUGAUUUGAUAGUAGACAAAGAUGGCCAGCUCUCAAAGCAAAUGGAUGCACACAACAAGUCUCUUAGUCAGGUCACGCCUGCAAAAGUUCACAGCUUGACUAAAAGCAAAAAACAGAAGAAGCAGAUGGAGCUCACAGAAAUAGAGCCAGAUCACACUGUGCUAGGAAGGGAAAGUGAGGAAGAGCGUGUAUCUGGACGGGUUAAAUGGGGUGUCUACCGCAAGUUUGUUACCUCAGCCUAUAGGGGAGCUCUCAUUCCUGUAAUUCUUGCAUGCCAAGUCCUUUUCCAGGCGUUGCAGAUAUGUAGCAACUACUGGAUUGCAUGGGCAUCAGAGAGACAAGAACAAGUAAGCAGAGAGAAGAUGAUAGGUAUUUUUGUGCUGUUAUCUGCAGGAAGCUCGGCAUUUAUAUUGGGGAGAGCUUUCGUCCUAUCAACAAUUGCAAUCGAAACUGCUCAGCAACUCUUUUUAGGCAUGACUAAAAAUGUAUUCCGAGCGCCAGUUAACUUCUUUGAGUCUACUCCAUCAAGUCGAAUCCUCAAUAGGGCUUCAACAGAUCAAAGUACAGUUGACAUAGAUAUUCCUUACAGGCUAGCAGGGCUGAUAUUCGCACUAAUUCAGCUCAUCAGUAUAAUUUUCAUUAUGUCCCAAAUUGCUUGGCCCAUAUUCUUUUUAUUCAUAAUAAUAAUUUCCAUAUCAACUUGUUAUCAGAGCUAUUACAUCAGUUCAGCAAGAGAGCUAGCAAGGUUGGUAGGCAUUAUAAAGGCUCCAGUUCUCCACCACUUCUCAGAGACUGUAUCGGGGUCCGCAAUUAUUAGGUGCUUUAAUCAGGGAGAAAAAUUCUUCAGAAAGAACCUUGCACUAAUAGAUGACUACUCGUGCAUCACUUUCCAUAAUUCAGCGACAAUCGAAUGGUUGUGUGUCCGUAUCAACUUCCUCUUCAACCUUGUAUUCUUUGUGAUGCUAGUCAUCCUUGUCUCCUUGCCUCGUGAUACUAUUGAUCCAAGCCUUGCAGGGCUUGCAGCAACCUACGGCCUAAACCUUAAUGUGUUACAAGCAUGGGUUAUAUGGAACUUGUGCAAUGUUGAGAACAAGAUGAUCUCAGUAGAGAGAAUUCUGCAAUUCUCAAACAUACCAAGUGAGUCUCCUUUAGUGAUUGAAGAAUAUAGACCAACGGAAAAAUGGCCAUGGUAUGGAAGUAUUCAGAUAGAUGGUCUCCAAAUCAAGUACAACCAUGACAUGCCCAUGGUGCUCAAAGGUAUAAGCUGCACAUUUCCUGGAGAAAGAAAAAUUGGGGUGGUAGGGCGGACAGGGAGUGGGAAGUCUACUCUCAUCCAGGCUUUGUUUCGGAUUGUCGAACCAUCUGCAGGACGGAUAAUCAUAGACGGGGUGGAUAUAUCACUUCUCGGAUUACAUGAUUUGCGGUCUAGAUUAAGUAUUAUACCUCAAGAACCAACUCUCUUCCAAGGCACUGUCAGAUCAAACCUAGAUCCUCUACAACAACAUAUGGACACUGAUAUAUGGGAGGUUGUGCGUAAAUGCCGCAUUGAGGAGAUUAUCAGAGAAGAUAAUAGGUUGUUAGAUGCACCAGUUGUUGAAGAUGGAGGAAACUGGAGUGGAGGGCAAAGGCAACUUGUCUGCUUGGCCAGGGUACUGCUAAUGAAAAGGAAAAUACUUGUUUUAGACGAAGCUACAGCUUCAGUUGAUACUGCAACUGACAAUAUCAUCCAAAGGACUAUAAGGCAAGAAACAAAAGGUUGCACAGUCAUAUCAAUUGCACAUAGGAUUCCCACUGUGAUUGACAGCGACCUAGUUCUGGUACUCGGUGAAGGUAGGAUACUCGAGUAUGAUUCUCCGGACAAUCUCUUGAGAGAUGGAUCAUCAGCUUUUUCAAAGUUGGUGAUGGAGUUUGUGGGAAGGACAGAAGACAUUAACCGAUGACAUAGAGACAUCAAGCAACCAUUAACCCAUUAGACCUCACCUAGACCUGUGUAUAUCAGCACGUACCAUGACAAUGUGGACAGCAGCUUUACUUGAGUGGAUGAUAAUAUAGAAGUCGAACAUGGUAACAAGGAAUUUUUAUUUGUGCAUGACGAUUAGACCAGUGACAUAAGGAUAUUUACUCAAUACCAGAAAAUAAUUUUCCUCUUUAUUAAUA